CGCGCAUCCGUGCUGCCUCCGCGCCUGCCCCCAAGGGGCUGAAGCGCCCGGUGAAGGUUUGUGUGAGGGUAAGGCCAGUGCUGGAGCGGGAAGUGGAAAAUGGUUGCUACCAUGGUUGCAUUGCCAUGGCCCAUGAGCGCAUCUACAUCGCAACCGAAGAUAAGCCAGUUCUGAUUGGCAGCAAAGAUGACCCGGUGCCAGAGGGAAUCAAAGUAUACCCUGGUUUCGAUGGGCUUUUAGACCAAGAUUGCAGCCAAGAGGAUUGCUUCCAGAGCGCCGGCCGCGAAGCGGUGGACGGCAUCUUAUUGGGCCUCAAUGGAGCCAUCAUGGCGUACGGACAGACCUCCACCGGGAAGACGCACACCAUGGUGGGCGAUAAGACCCGCCCGGGGCUAUGUCUGAAAGCGGCUGCGCAUCUUUUUUCGGAAGCCGGGCUUCAAGGGGCACAGAUUGAAGUGACUGCAUCCUUCCUACAGUUAUAUCUCAACCACAUCACCGACCUCCUAGUGAACGAUGGGCACGAAAAGAAGCUCAAGCUCCGAGAGUUUGUUGAGGAGGACUACGUGGACACACGUGUGGAAGGUCUCAGUGAACGUCCGGUGCAGUCCAUGGACGAUGUCGAAGAACUGUUGGAAGAAGGCAACAAGCGAAGGCAGCAGGCGUGCACCGCUCUGAAUGCGAGUUCCAGCAGAUCUCAUGCGGUGCUGAUUCUCAAUGUGACGCUUUGGCAAGGUGGCAAGGACGACGAAGCCACACAGGCGAAGUUGUACUUGGUGGAUCUGGCAGGGAGUGAACGCGUCAAGGAUUCCGCCGCCACAGGUGACCGUUUCACUGAAGCCGUUCACAUCAACAAGUCCCUCUUCGCAUUGCAGGGGGUCGUUGCCGCGCUGGCAGAUGGCAACCCCCACGUGCCGUACCGCAACGACCCUCUGACCCAGCUGCUCCGCCCCGCGUUGGGUGGCAACUGCUGCACCACACUGGUGGCCACGGUGUCUCCGGCCCAGAGGCAUUCCAGAGAGUCGGAAGGGACCUUGAACUUUGCUUCAAGCUGCCGACGCAUCAAGGGUGAGGUCUUUGUGAAUUCGGUACGAAAGCCACGGCCGUGGGAGUCGAAGCCGAAGGAGGAACCUGUAAAGGAAGAGCCAGAGGAAUGUCCAUGGGCAUCUUUGGCAAAAUUGGAUGCUGCUUCUGUGAUGGACUCGCAGAUGUUGGAUACGGCACAUGGGCAGAUUCACGUCCUGACGUGUGGUCCCAGUGAUGGGGAGGCGGUGUUGUUGCUACAUGGCUGUCCGUCGGAUGCGUGGACUUGGAAGUGGCUCUUCCCACCACUGUUGUACAACAAGUAUCGCGCGAUUGCCAUCGACAUGCCAGGCUUCGGCAGUUCUCCUGGGACAAGGCUCGGGAGUCGAUCGGAGCUGAACAACGUGAAGGGCGGACCACUGGACAUCGCCUGCGCGGUGCUGGAUGCCUUAGGCGUGCAGAAGGCCAACGUUGUGGGAUAUGAUUGGGGCGCUGGCAUCGCCCUCUCAAUGGGGCUGCUGCGAAAGAAUCGAGUGCUGAAGGUUAUACCAUUUCAUCCCUCCUAUUCUCCGCCGAAAGGCGAGAAUCUGGGAGCCAUGUCAAUGAAUGUCCUGGUCUUGUGGGUGAAGGAGGACCAGUUCCACAAUUUGACGAAAUGGCGAAAGCAUUUUGAAGCUCUACCCAGUGCCAAGAGGGAGCUCGAGGUCUACAGCAUAGGUAGCCGUUGGAAGCCGGGCAUGUCCCUGGGCGGUGACAAGCGCUUGGGUCCGCAGCUGCAGCGGCGUAUCUUGGCGUUUCUGGCUGGAGAGGCGUCCCAGGAGGCGGUCAGCGGGAGCCUGGAGAAACGGCUGGAAGCGAAGGGGGCCACCACGGCCGGGAAGUUGGUGGUGCAUGCGCAGAAUGUGGUGGUGGCUGACGCCUUAGAGGAUGCAGGCGGAGUAGCCAAAGCCUUGAGGGAAGUGGAGGAUCCCACGAAAGCAGCAGUGGAACAAUUCAGACAGCUGUGGAGUUCGGGCAAGCUGCAGGCGCUCUACGCGGAGCGUUUGACGGGGUCCUCGGCAUCGUCUGCGUCACUCUUCGGAGCGCUGCCUGAGAUGAGUCCUGAGGCCCUGAGCGAUCCCAGCAUUCUGGUGGAGCUGGGGCUGUGGUCCGCGGCGCCAGAGGGUUGGGAACGGAUGAAGAGCACCUGCCGCUACGGUGUGGACCGACGCGUCCUGGUGCGGGGCAAGGUGGGUACGAAGCCAGCAGAUGCCAACUUCAUGUGCCAUGGCGACCCAGCCAGGUCUUUGACGGAGAGUGGAUCCGAUCGUACAACUUCAAAAGCAGUGCUGAAGGGGAAGAAGGACAAAGAUACCUGGCUGGUGGACAUCACGGCCGCAGAUGGCGGCACCAAGAGCAUGGAGGUUUCGAAGGCCGAGGUCUUGCGAUUGAACCAACGCCACAAGUUGUUGGCAAGCGGGAAGCAUCUGCAGUUGGAAGACGGUCUCAAAUGUGACUAUUCCUCGCCCUUGACGCGCGCCAAGUUGUGCGAGAUCGCGUUGGCGCUGAGUCCGGUGGUGAAAGAUCUGGAUUUCAACACGGCAGAUGGGGGCCAAGCAAUGCAGCUUAAGGCGGUGGAAGUGAUUCGCAAGUGUCUAGACAUCAUCACCUUCCAGAAGGGCCUGGAUCGCGGUCGCAGUCCCGCCAUGUGCGAUGACGUGGCCAAGUUGGCAUGCCAUGGGCAGGGGCAUUGCCACACGGUGUCCUCAACGAUGGCCGCCUUUCUGAACCCCUUCUGUCAGGUCCUUGGUAUUGACAUGAAGUAUCGUGGUGGUUACUCCUGGGGCGGAGUCAACAUGGGUGAACCAGCGGAUGAUACCGUGACCGUUGCAGACUCGCCAGAACGGCACCAGUGGCUGGAGUUAACGUUGCGACCUUCGUUGGAGAGCUAUGUGUGCGAUCUCUGGGUGGCUGAUGCUGUUGGCAACGAUGCCUUGCGUUGGCACAUCACGGAGGCCUAUCAAAACCGACUCUAUCCCAAUGGGAGCUUCAACACUGGCCAGCAGAUUUGUCCAGAAAAGUCCUCAGAUGUUGAUUUGCCAGACCUUGAUUUUCAUUUUUAAUUACAUGAUUUCAUGUAUCAAAAAUAAUCCUUUUCUAAUUCCAUUCUUGGCAAAUUCUUUCAAAAAGAAGAUUGUCCGAUAUUACUCGAUUUUAUUCCAUUGAAAAUAUAUCAAAAAAAA